GGGCUGACAAGCAGCAAAAUAAAAUUUGAAAACAAACUGAGAAAGUUUCUCCUUGACAACUGCUCCUAUUCGAUGAAUACAGAAGCUGCAAAAUAUGAAGAGCAUGGCAUGAACCAUGCUGAAGGCUCUUGGCCGAAGAAUGUUAAUCCUAAUGAUCCAGAGGAAACGCAGAGAUACAGGGACAAACAGAUGAAGGAUGAAUCUUACCUGCAAUCACUAAGAACUAUUUGUGAGCCAAUGGAGCAUUAUAUACUGCAAAAUAACACUGUCAACAUUUAUGAUGACUACUAUGGAGGUAUCGAGUUCCAGUCACUUGACAAGAUGGCAACUGCUCGGAAAGUUAGUGUUUUCAGGGACUGCUCACGUCCUGAAAGACCAAUCAACCACAUUUCUUGGGCACCAGAAGGAUCAUUGAUGGCUGUAUCACACUGCAAUAUGAGUUUUGGAGCACUGCUUAAAAACACAGAUACAACAUCAUACAUCUGGGAUGUUGUGAAUCCUGACACUCCUUUCCGGAAGAUGUCGUCGUCUCGGGCGGUGACGUGUAUGGAGUUUAACCCAAAGGACCCGCACACACUGAUGAGCGGCCUGGCCACGGGGGAGGUGGGCGUCUGGGACAUCAGGGACGGCGCGGCGCUGACGCUGCACAGCACCCUGCUGUACAGCCACCGGGCCCCUGUGGCCUUGGUGCAGGUCAUACACUCCAAGACUGGGAACGAAUUCUUCUCCACUUCCUAUGACGGGCAGGUCAUGUGGUGGGACAUGCGCACGCUCAGUGAGCCCACAGAAAAGCUGAUCCUAGACCCGGAGAAGGGUGAACAGGACAUCGGCAGGGCCUCGGGCGCUUCGUUCCUAGAGUACGAACCUACCAUCCCGACUCAGUUCAUGGUGGGCACGCAGAUGGGCGAGGUAAUCGCCUGCAACCGCAAGAUGAAGACUCCGGCGGAAAUGAUAGUUGCAAAAUAUGCGGCACAUAAAGGACCAGUCGUGGCCCUUCACAGAAAUCAGGCGCUGUUAAAGAAUUUUUUAACAGUUGGUGAUUGGUCUGCUAAAAUAUGGGUGUGUGACGAGGCGCUGACGUGCCUCAGGGUGCAUGACGAGGGGCUGCACGUCGCUGUGGGCAACUCUCUCGGGACGGUCAACCUCAUCGAACUGUCUGAGAAUUUAGCCGAUGCGCCCAAGAAGGAAAGGGGAAUUUUAGCUACCGCAUGGAAGUGGAAGGAUUUGCAGUUUUCUGAAGAGUGGCUUGCAACAUUUUCUGUGUUUGGCACCUUCUAUGAUUCUUAA